GCCGGGAAGCGAUAAGGGAAGAGAAAGCGAAACACGACGAAGGUCUAACGCCCAAGGUACAGACGUGUGGUGCAACUACGCUGCCAGAGACAGAUUGGAGGAACCUGCCUGUGAAAGCGAGGCUGAUUUGAACAUCAGAGCGUUGCCUGGUGCAUGUACGGAGCGUGAACAACUCAACAGUUACAUGAGAUGAUCGUUUGAAGUCACUCUGGUGCUGUCCUCCUUGAGCUACGGACGCACUGUCUGUAGUGCUGGUUUCUGUGCUGAACUCUCCUGGCGGUAGUAAGACGAUGCAGUCGUAAAGAGCAGCGCCGCUGCGUCUUGUAUGACCUACACAAAUGAUCGCGAGUAACAGUUAGAAAGUGCGUCACCGGAGGUUUUAGUUUUGCCAGGUGCAGCACAGCACCCAGUCCUAGACCUAGCGCGACAUUCAGAAUAUUUUAGGAGUUUCCAUUCGCCGAUUCCCCGACCGGACAACCCAGGAACACUGCUAGCCAUGUCAACGGGGCACGGAUCUAAGCGUAUCCAUCUCAAUGAUGCAUUGGAAGAUACGCCCAAGACACGGGCUCUCAUCAGUGAGUUUGAACAGGGGACACUAGCUCUCCAUGACUUCACAGUCACAUUGCUUACAAACUGCAGAAUUGUGGCCGACCUACAGGCGCAGAUGACCAAAGCUACCGGCAAUCUGGCCAACCAUCUUAGCGAGGGCAAGAACUUGGUAUUUGCACAGAAGAAUCCAUUCCUUGGCACUGCCCUGGAUCAGCUUGGUGAAAGCAUGCAGCAGCUGCAGUCGUGGCAAGACAUGUUGCACAUACAGAUUCAAGAAGCCGUGAUGCAGCCUUUGAACACGUUCUUCCAGGAAGAGCUCAUCAAUGUGGAGAAGACCAAGGAAACUUAUUCUGGAGCCGUUCAAGAUCAUGAGAAUGCAAUGAGUCGAUACAGCCGUGUGUCCAAGAAGAAGGAGACGGAAAAGAAUCGCUUUGAAGCUAACGCUGACCUGUACACCGCCCGGAAGAAGUAUCACCAGGUUGCCAUGCAGUACUACAGCACACUGAACCUGUUGCAGAGCAAGCAAUCGUACAGUGUUCUCGACCCACUAAUCAACCUCAUGCAUGCACAGCUCUCCUACUUCAAGAUGGGUCAUGAGAUUCUGACAGAAGAAGUAGCCAAAUUCCUGACUACACUCAGCGUACAAGCACAGAAGGAUCGUUCUGAGCACAACAUUGAGAACAGGAAGUUGAGCAGCCUGAGAGAGAAGAUUGAGCAGGAGUACUCAUCUCGCUACAACCCUGAUCCCGAUCCUAGUGAUCCCUUCUCCGAUGUUCAACCUGCCGACAGGUCACUGAAGGAGAAGGCUGGCUAUCUCUACACCAAGAACGUGAAGCCUGGUCCAAGCCGUGGACAAUGGGAGCGAGCAUACUUCCACACCGACAACGGAAUGCUGAUGUGCCAACUGCCGGACACAAAGACUGCGGAGCCUACCAUGCUACUGGACCCGUCGGCCCGUGCAGGUACAUUGGACUGUGACGACCGAAGGUACUGCUUUCAAGUAGUAUCCUCACACACCAAGGAGCCAAUUUUGCUGCAGGCGGAGAAUGAUGUUACUCGAGAAGAGUGGGUAUCCACCAUCCUCAAUAUUGUAGCUGAGCUCACACACAAAGCCGAGACGCCAGCAUCUGGUGACGUUGGACUGAUGUCAAGUACACUAUCGGCUAAGGAUGUCAAGGAGGAGCGACAGCGCGUUGCGACAUGGGUGGAGGAUGUUCUCAAAGUGGAGGGAGAGCGCAACACACCACAAGUACAGCGUUCGGCAGUGCCAACCCAGACCCCACCGGCGCACCAAGUGCAGCCAGCGCAAGAUGCCACACAAGGAGCAAUGGCUGCAGCCGCUGUUGCGGGCGGUGGAGCUGCUGGUGGAGGUGCAAUGGGUGCUACUGCUAUGCCUGGCACUCAACAACUGCAACAGCAGCAACAGCAACAGCAACCUUCCAUGGCCAUGCAACCUGCCGUUGUUCCCACUCAGCCUGUUCCACCUAUGCAAAGUCCUGCAGUUGCUGAUGGAAAUACAACGGAUGGCGGCAUGCAAGCACAAGACAAGCUGGCUGAAGCCCCACGAUCGUUUUCUGUGCGCUUCCUGGGAUCACUGGAGGUGCAGUUUGACAGAGGCAUUCAAGUGGUGGAGGAUACAUGCAAGCGAGUUAUGCAAGCCAGAACUGCACAACACGUGCGAUCCUCUGUUGACUCUGUCAUGGUCAUUUCAUCUCGUGGAUUCAGGCUCAUUCAUCCCAACACUGGCAUUGUCAGGACAGAGUUCAGAACACAGGACGUGUCAUUCUUUGCGUCGCAUCGCUCCAACCAGAAGAUGUUUGGUCUGAUCAGCCGCUCGCCCAAGACUGGCACAAAAGCAUGUCACGUUUUUGAGACGCAAGUUGGUGCAAAGGAGUUGUGUGGCGCCAUGCAGAACGCGCUGCAGCGUGCAUAUCAGAUGUAUCGGCAAUCAAUCCAACCGAAACAGCAACAGCAGUCACUGCAGAGGCAGCCGCAAAUGCAGCAACAACAGCAUCAGCAGCAGCAGCAACAGCAGCAACAGCAGGUGGGAGGUGGCAUGGGGGCUGGCAUGGGGGCUGGUGGAGCAGCUCAACAGAUCUCUAUCCAGGCACAGCAACAUCAAAUAGCCCAGCAACGCUAUGCUCAGCAGCAAAUACUUCUUCAACAGCAGCAAAAUACCCAACACGUUCCACAGCAGCAAGGCCUUCAACUCCAGCAACAGCAACAGCAAGGCAUGCAAUCUCAGCAGCAGCACCUGAGAGGAGCACCACAACUUCAACCUGGCCAUCAAUCGGUCAACACCUCCAUGGCCAGCAACAUGGCCGCUGGUGCGGCAAUGGCUGGAGGAGCUGCAAUGGCCACAGAGAACUUGUCACUUGAGCAGCAAAACCAGCAGCAACAGCAUCUCGCCAGGAUGCAGCAGCUGAAGGUGCAGCAGCAGCAAUUACUUCUGCUCCAAGAACAACGCCGGUUGCAGCAGGCUCAGCAACAAGCACAGCAAGCCCAACAAGCUCAUGCUGAGUACCAGCAACAACAACUGGGACAAGCCGUUCAGGUAACACAGCAACAACUUCAACAGCAACAGCCACAACCCAUCACCUCCACACAGGCCACCAUGGUUGGCAUGGCAGCAACAACUCAAGGAGCUGGCAUACCCAAGAGGAAGGUCGGCACUAGGGACAAGGAAUGGCAGAGCUUGUCGGGACAGCAUGGUGCCGUGAACGACAUGGCGGCUCAAAACUCCUGGAGCACGGGUAGCCCGGACGAGAUAGAACCGUACGGCACUGUUUCCGUUGCAAACAGGACAACGUAUGUGCCAUCUCAAUCCAGGGAACAACAACAACUACAACAACAAGCACAGCAACAGCAGCAACAGCAGCAGCAGACCAGUAUGAUGCCAGCAGCGGCUUCAACGGCAAUGGGUGCUGCGGCGGCUGGCGCACAGCCAUCGUUCACUACGGGACAGCCGUCGGCCGCUGCUGACGACGAUGCCACUGCUAUCUAUGCCACCGUGAACAAGAGUGCACACAAGGCGGGACAAGCAAGUACGGAGCGCCCAGACAGUGUCAGCCCCGUGUCAAGCGACUCGUCCACUACCACAACCUCCACCACCAGUACUAGUAGCUCUGAUGCUGAGGCUGCUCUGGCUGGCUUGACAAUUGCGCAGCAUCCGAGCAUGACCGAUGCUAGGGAAAACCCCUUCAACAGGCUUUCCCCCGGUGCGUCCUUUCCCCCAGGUCAGGUGACCAGUGGGGUGCCGGGCAGUGGUGGCUGGCAACCUUCGGCAUUACCGGACCAUUUCCAGGGUGAUUUCUCACACCCGGAGCCAGCUGUUGUCGUGGAGACAGUGGAAUCACCGGCGGACAACAACGAUCUGGAGCCAUCGCCACUAGUCACGGAGAUGGCCAUGAGUCUGACAUCGCUCAGUGCCCUACACUCCGGCUUGGUUGCACCCAGUACUACACCAGCCGUCGCCGGACUACUCGACACGGCCGCUGCUGAUGCAGCAAUGGCAGUCGCCAUGGCAGCAGCUGCCACCCUGCACGAAGCUGACAAUGAGGAUGACGAUGGUGCAGGCUUGGAAAGAAGCCCAUCGCAAUCAUCGUUGCUAAGUGAUCUGUCUGAUUCGUGAAUCCAGUAGGUAGGCAAUGCUGCAUCCUGGUCAGUUGAAGUGUACCUAGAGCAAUGGGGGGUUUCCCCGCACUGUGCCAGUACUGCUUGCAUAUUGAACCUAACACAUGUAUGCAUAGUGAUGUGGCCGUGUUGUCGUCUUCCUGUGUGUACUGGUACUCGUCCAAGACCUGUUCUUGCACACCGUCGGUGAAUUCGGAUGUAGUGCUCCUGCUUCUUUAUCAUUUUUACUCGUUGUGCGUUGAUUGCGUCUGGCUGUUUUUGUUUUUGUCUUUGAUUAUCUAUCCACUAGGUAGGUGGUUGUUGUCCUGCCAAAUGUGAAUGUUCUCAAUUCCUCGAAGUGCUAGAGAGAUGUUAGUUUUGCUUUAUUUGUUUGCUUAUGCCACUGUGGUGUCUAACUGGCAUAGCCCGGUUAUGAAAUUGUCCCACUGGAGUUUUUAGGGUGUUAUUUUUUCUUUUUUUCGUUUGUCCCUCUUGCCUGCCAAAUUGAAGUCUACUGAAGCCUACUAUUGUCAUGCUUACUAAGAUUCUGCAUGCAUUUUCUUCAUCUAUAUUUGCACAGCAUCCGAGUUUCAAUUUCAAUUUUUGAAUUAUAUCUUUAUUAUUCGCUUCUUUGCUCACUAUCAUUCUGUUAUUUUUCUACCCGUGUGCGCGUGUGUCUCAGUCUAACGCCUGUCUCCAAAUGCUGGCAUUUGAGAGGGCAAUUUGAUCUCAUUUUCUCCCAUUUAUCUCCGUUUGUUCUUUUCCCGAGAAUUUCCUCCUAGAUAUUAGAUUGCCCUUCUUGGAUAAACAUAACAAGCAUGACUUGGUCAAUUUAACUUGUUCCUAAUUGACUAAUUGACUUGCCACCAAUAAAGACUGAUCGUGUGGAUUCA